GAUCACUAAACACAAGCAUCAUUCCAUCUCUCACUCCUCGUCAAACAAACCAACUUCAUCAUUGAUCACUAAACCACAACUUUCCACAAGUUCCGAGAUAUGGAUUCCCGAACAUAUAUUGUUCCAAGUGAUGGAAUAUCUUGACACCCAUUCAAUCAACAUUCUCCAUCCAUACCUAAAUCCACCAUGACAUCUCAAAAGGUAGCACUCGUAAUCGGCGCAUCUCGAGGAAUCGGUCGUCAAAUCGCCAUUGAUCUCGCAAAGGACGGAUAUGCAGUAAUCGUAUCCGCAAAAUCCACCAGCGAUGCCUCUACCACCCAUCCCUUUCCCCCAAAUCCCAAUUCCUCCGCCUCAACCAUCUCCACCGUCUGUCGAGAGAUCCUCGAAGCCGGAUUCACCGCCACCGCUAUCCCCUGCGAUGUCCGCUCCCACGCCUCCAUCGCCUCUCUCAUAUCCCAGACCAUAUCCACCUACGGACGCAUCGACGUUCUCAUCUAUAAUUCCGGCGCUAUCUAUCAUUCCUCGGUGCUCACCACUCCUCUAUCCCGCUACAUGCUAAUGGAAUCCAUCAAUCCCAACGGUCUCUACGCCACGAUCCAAUCCUGCAUUCCGCACUGGAAAGCCCAGGAUUGGAACGCCCGGAUCGUCGUCAUCUGUCCACCCAUCUACUCCCGAUUUUUCCGCGGCAAGACGGCCUACGCAAUGGGGAAAGUAGGAAUGAGUGUUCUGGUCCAAGGUCUCGGUAUGGAUCUGUCCCGUAUGGGUUCAUCGGGCCAGAAUAUGGCGAUUACGGGUCUCUGGCCCGCGGUUGCUAUUGAAUCUGCAGCGACUGCGCAUUUUUCUUCCGCGGAUGAGGAUUUGAGACAUCCGAGUAUAUUUUCUGAUGCUAUUUUAUCGAUUUUGAAAGCGAAAACUGAGGAUGUGAAUGGAAGUUUAUUUUUGGAUGAGGAUUAUUUGAGGGAGCAUGAUGGAGUGGGCGAUUUUAGUAAAUAUGCUUUAGUUCCGGGGACGACCCCGAGGAGGAUCAUGCCGAUGAAGUUUCCAGAUUUGAGAGUUGAGGAACAAGAUGAUGAGGGGGUGAGAAUGGAUAGUGCGAAGAAGGAAAAGAGUGGAAAGUUGAGUAAACUAUGAGGGAUUGUGUAGUAAGGCAAGUAAGAUUUAGACUGUUACAUCGAUUUUCAGAUACCUUUUUUUAUUAAUAUGCGAGCCCCUUGAGUCUUUUGAAGGUCCUUGAAUCCCGCAGUUGAUUUGAAACCCCAAACACAAUCAAAUCAAUGUCAUGACUCCCAUUCCUUUCCCUAACAUGUAUCAAUCUAUUGAUCUAUCAAUCCAUCCAUCCAUACAUACAUCCACAUAUUCCCAUCUCACUUUCUCCCACAUCUCCCAUCAUAUCCACACCUAACAUCUGAGCAAUUAUACCCACAAGACCCCUAUGACUUUUUCACUCCAAGCCGAUCUAGCUUCAAUCCCCAUACCCAUACCUAUACUCAUCUCAUCCCUAUACUCCCCUCCCAAUCCAGAUUUAAUACCCUCCUUCCAAUCCCCAUCCACUCUCCCCUCAUCUCCCAUCUCCCAUCCCCAACCCCACCCCCAACCACAGAACUCCACACCUACAAAAUCUAUCCACCCUCCUCUUUUCAUAAAACCAUCAUCCUCCAUCCUCCAUCCUCCAUCCAACAUUCCAUCCCAUUCCAUUCCAUACAAUCCCCAAUUCCCAAUCUCCAAUCCAAUCCCCAAUUCCCAAUCUCCAAUCCAAUCCCCAAUUCCCAAUCUCCAAUCCAAUCCCCAAUCCCCAAUCCCCAAUCCCCCAAAAUCUAAAAAAGUCCAAUCAACAGCAAUGGCAACAAAAAUAGCAGCAGCAGCAGCAGCAACAGUUUAAUCAAUCAAACAUCUAAAAUCUUGAAUUUAGAAAGGAAUCCA